GGAGUCUUAUCUGGGGGACGCCUUAACGUGAGGGACGGAAAUAGAGAGGCGGAGGGAGGCGGAAGCAGGGGGACCGACCGGAAGUGGGCAGAGGGGAGAGGCUUGCUGCACCUGCGAGGAAGGUGGAGCGAAGAGGCGAGCCUGAGUGAAGGUGGCUGAAGCGGGGCCACGAAAAUAGCUUUCCCGUGAGCGAUUCCUGGCCGGGGCACCCUGCGGACAAGGCCCCCCCUUCAACAAGAGCCACGGCCGAAAGGGUCCCAUCACGCCCGACCACCUCUUCGACGACCACCACAACCACCAUGGCGGAGUCUGCGGCCAGCGUGGGAUCCACCGCGACUCUGACCGAGACGGAGGUGACCGAGCCGGAGAAUCGCAGUCUGACUAUCAAAUUGAGAAAACGGAAACCAGCCAAGAAGGUGGAAUGGUCAAGUGACACGGUGGACAAUGAACACUUGGGACGGAGAUCUUCUAAAUGUUGCUGCAUCUAUGAGAAGCCUCGAGCUUUUGGCGAGAGCUCGACAGAGAGCGAAGACGAGGACGACGAAGGCUGUGGCAAUGCCCAUUGCAUCCGGGGCCACAAGAAAGGCCAGCGGGGGAAGGCGCAGGGUACAUCGGGAGACCCUGGCCCAUCAGAAGGUUGCUCCCGGAAACCAGAACCGCCUGACCAGAACCACUCCAGGGCCAUGCAGCACUGAAGCCCACCCUGCCAGGGGAUGGGGGAAGAGAGCCCCCGCUCCCACCUGGAGCCAGGGACUAAUGCUGCUCCAACUCCGGGGCGAAGGGGAGGGAAGGGAGGGCCCACGCAUCCAGCUACCCGUCUGUCUCUCAUGCCGGUGCUGACACUGCCUCAACACGGGGUGGGGAGGGGGAGGGAGGGAGGGGGAGGGCCCACGCAUUCAGCUCCCCAUCUGUCUCGUGCCAGUGCUGCUGCUGUCAUCUAUCUCCCCAUCCAUGGCUGGUGAGUCCAUCUGGUGCCACCCAUCCACACCCCACCUAACGUGGAAUGUAUUGACAGAGCCUCUAUAUUGACAGAGCUUUUUCCUCCUGCUUCUUAAUUAAAUAUUUGUAUCAGUGAUGAACAAGGUGGGAAAUCAGUACUGCUUUGGAAAAAGCAGCAAUAGAGCUGCGUCCAAGACCCUUCUAUUGGGCAAGGGUACCUCUGUCCUCUUUUCCCUAUAGUUUCAACCAUUAGGACAAUCCACUUCUCCCUUGCUGUUCCUGAACUCCACUCAAACGCUUCUCCUUUCAUCCCCUGCCUGGUUGAUUCCUGUACUGUCUCUCACUCUGCCACCGUUGCACUCACUGAUCCCUUUGGGUCUCAACCCCACUGCCUCCUUUUGUAUCCAGGCUCCUAAUUCACCAAAGCAAGGAGACUGCUUUUGCCACACAACUGCUUUAAGGCUGCAGCCUUCAGGCCUUUCUGUUCUCUUUCUGCCCACGGGGAAAGUGUAAGUCUUGACUUUGGCUUUUUACUCUUUCCUGUUUACAGUCACGGUUCUCUUCAAGUGAGUUUUUUUUCUAAAAAGAAUCCCACUUUCUGUUUCAGCUUUUAAAAAGAAUGAGAAACCAUUUUUCAUUAUGCUUUGGGAAAUUGUGAGCUGUUUCUUUUCAAGAGGGAUGAAAAAAAAAGACAUAAAGAGAUGAGCCAAGUAAUUGUGGAGUGUAGCAGCUGUUACUGGGUUUUGUGCAUGUGGUGGAUGUGGAAAGAGGCUGAGGAUUGUGUGUUCUUCUGGAAUGUGACAUCUUACCUUUAAGGGGCUUGUGAUCGGUUGAAGAUCGCCCAUGGCAGAACAAAGCAGGUUUCGUCCUCUUCCAUGCUGAAACAGAAGCUCAGCUCCACUUUUUAGGCCAAGCAAUCAUCCUGAGUAAGACCUCACCAUCAAGUCACAUAUGGUACCACAGGGUCCUGGCAUGAUGUGAGGAGGAGGCACCAUCUUCUUUUGCAUGACUCACAAAUCAUUUCCUUGCUCUUGCCUACCUUUGGUUUGAUAUGGGAGGAUAGACAAGGGCCUGUCCUCAGAAUAUCUUUUUUUAUUUUUCCUCCGGAUGUCAGAAUCAGUAUGCUCUUGAUUAAAAAGAAAACUUCAACAAGAGAAGCAAAGAACAUAUUUGGUGAGGGCGUGAUCCUGAGGCCAGUUCAGAAUGUCUUUAAGGUGUUCUGCAAGUUUCUGGUUAAGGUACAUUUCUUCUCUAUUGCAAGCAAGUAUGGUUCUGAAAUAAAAUAUUCUUAAAAGUAUGAAAGCAAGCAACCACUUUGCCCACAGUAGUUCCUCCCUGCUCCUGGUGGUUGCUGGUUUCCGCCCUCCCUUCUCUUUCUUUUUUUCUAAGCGUGAUUUCUAAAUGGAGAACAAAUGGGUGAGAAGGCAAGCAGAGAACCAGCAGUCUGCAUUGUAUAAGGUUUGGCACAUCAUACUAGUAUUUUUGCUGCACAGCAUGUAAUAAAUAGAGUUGCAGAAGGGUGCCCUAUGGGUCCAACACACAUGCAUGCACACACUAUUGUGAUAGCCCUACAUGGGUACCAUGUAUAUUAUAGGUAAGAGUUGCCACAUUUGGUAAAUUGUGGAUAGGAGGAAUCUGAGAGUAAGGCAUCCCUGUUCCGCACCCCCCACCCCUCUAAUCUCACCACUAACCACAGCCAAAUAAAGGGUUCCAAACUAUAGGCAGCAGGGAGAAACUUUGUGAAUCAGGAUUUUUUUUUUUAGUUCUGGUGCAAUACAGUAGAGUCUCGCUUAUCCGACCUUCGCUUAUCUGACAUUCUUAUCCGGCGCCCUUUUUUCCUUCAGCAUUUCCCCUUCAAUUAAAGGAGUGCUCCCCAACUCUCUCUCCAUUCCCAAGAAGUUAAAAAGGCAAGACGAGGAGGAGGAAGGAAAGGGGGGAAAGAGGCAGGACCAGAAGCAGAAGCGUCCUCCCUCCUUCCCUCUGUGAUUUCCACGCUCCUCUUCCACAUCUGGACACUUCCUGCUGGACCUCUCUAGCCCCGAGGCGUUACCUUGCUUUAAAUCUUUGAGUCCCUGUUGUUAGUAUUCUAGGUGUGUAGCGCCACGUCAGAUGGGUAACAGUAGGAGACUCUGUAUUAUUUGAUAUUUUCAUUUAUCCGACGUUCUGCUGUCUCAUUUAUGCCGGAUAAGCAAGACUCUACUGUAUUACAGUCUCUCCUGCAUGAGCAAAGACAGAAAGAUGGCACAUUUAAAAUUCUCAUAUUCAUAUUGGGUGCCUGAAAAAUAAACUGGGGGUAUCCCCCCACUUGCUGGCAUCAGAAGUAUUCAUUGGUGAAAAUAAGAUACUGUUUUAAGAGGGACCAGCAGAACAACUGGCCAUAAUUGUGGCAUAAGUAACUAUAGUUACACUCAAGAAUAUGUUAGGUAAAGUGCUUCACAGCAACAUGCCCUCUUUCUAUCUCCCCUUCUCUUAAAACACCUUACUUUGAAAUAAAAGUGCCUGAGCAUUAGAAUCCAAAUGCCUUGGCAUUCAAACUUGGAUCAGAGCUCCCCAAGUCACUCCCUGCAUUGUUUUAACAAGUCGAUGAAGCAGUCUCAAUGUAAUGUGAUCUGAAAUGCCAACUUUUUGUCGAAAUCUGUGCAAAUGGCAUGUGUGGUGCAAGUGCUGUGUGGUUAUUUGAUCCACUGAUUAAAUUUUGUUUCAUCUAAACACAAA